AUGGCAUCCCUUGAAUAUUUUUAUUACAAUGAGGAUCAGAAAAGGAAGUACCGCAAAUUUAUAAAAUCGUUAUGGGAUUCUUUUAAGGAGGCAGCAACAAAUGAAGGAAUGGACCAAAAGAGACAACAAAAAAUUUUAGAUAAUGCUUACCCAUUAAUUUUAAAAGAUUUAAAGGAAAAUGAAACUAAAUGGGAAAAACGUUUCCGCAAUUUGUUGAGUGAAAAAAUAAUAUGGCUACUAGAAUUUGAAUACUUCCUAUAG